AUGACCCAUCGCGCAGUUGUUUCGUCCUUUAUCUUCAAGUUCCCGCCCAACCGAGGGCCGCAAGUCGCCCUGUUCCGACGAAGCGGCAAUUUGCGGACUUAUCCGAAUCGCCUUGCGCCGGUGUCAGGCAGCAUAGAGAAGGAUGACCCGUCACCCCUCGAUGCUGCCUGGCGGGAGAUCCGUGAAGAGACGACGCUUACGCCAGAAACUCUGACGCUGCUCCGCCAAGGAAAGGAUUACCACUUUGCUGACGAGAAGAUCGGCCGCGAAUGGACUAUCCACCCCUUUGCUUUCCGUCUCAAGUCCCAUGAGGACGAGUCGCGCAUCAAGAUUGACUGGGAGCAUCAGGGAUUUCAGUGGUUUGACCCCCACGAGGUCCGCGAUGUUGAUGAAUUUGGUGGCGUGCCGCGGCUGGCUGAGAGCCUAAGACGUAUUUGGUUCGAGAUCGAGCUUGGUGAGAACAGAGCAAAGGUCUUGAGCGAGGGAUUGCUCGCGUUGCAGAAAGAUCACGAGAGCGGGGCACGGCAGCUGGCGGGAAAGGCGCUUGAUGUUCUCCUGUCGGUGAUCUCCGAGAAGUCUAGCAUCGAGACCGAUGGCUCUCUGGAAAAGUGGUGGCGGAACACUCGACUUGCGGCCUGGCAUCUUUGGAAGAACGGACGGGAGAGCAUGGGCGCUGCGAUCUUCAACAACAUCGUACGAUCCCUGACCAUCGUCGAAAAGGAAGUACAGCAAGUCAAGGACGACAGGGUGACACCUGAGUUUCUGGACAAAGUCAUGCACAAAUUACGUGACUUUACGGCAUUGAGAGACACCUCGGUGGAAGGAAUUUGGAAGUCUUUUGAGGCUUUCCUCAGAGAGAAGCACGGUUCCGGUCGGCCGGUCCGGGUCCUCACCCUGUCAUCAAGCUCGACCAUUCUUGAGUGUCUUCAGAGAGCGAUCGCAGGGUUCGACUCUGAAUUUGACAUUAGAGUACUAGAGUCGCGGCCCCUUUUUGAGGGUGUGUCAAUGGCAUCUCGCCUUGUCAACUCUCUGCGUGAGUCAGGGCAGAGAGAGAAGAAAGUAGAGAUCGCCAUUUACACUGAUGCCGCCGCAGCGCUCGCGAGCAAGGACGUGGAUCUGGUCCUGGUUGGCGCCGACAUCAUCCAAGAGGAUGGAUCAACGAGUAACAAGACGGGCUCGCUGCCAGCAGUCCUCUCGGCCAAGCACUGUUCUCCUCAUGUCAAGGUCUUGGUCCUAGCCGAGAACGAGAAGAUCCUGCCAUACGGGCCGCCUGGGUUUGAAGAGAACGAUAUUGAGGAGGUAACGGUGUCCUGGAAGCACAACAGCGCCCUGAAAGAAGCCGCCAUGAAUUUCUCGAGCAGCGCACAAAGUACGAACCCAGACGCAAUGGGGAUGAAGAUGAGUGUCAGGAACGUCUACUUCGAAUGGGUGCCUACGAAUCUUAUCGAUGGAUAUAUGCUUGAGGACGGCCAGAAGAGCGCGAAGGAUAUAUCAAACCUUGCAGGCCGAAUUCGGCGUGAGGCGGAUGCCUUCUUCUCCGAUGUCUAA